AUGUCUCCCAAAUGUCCUGUUCUACCGUUGCAAGAACUUAGUUUAUCUUUAGUAGCUAGACAAUUGAUACAUUCACUGUCUCGUGUGAUAACAGAGGAGGAUGUGGCCCUGCCUUUCGCGAUGGUGUCCUCUUACUACGAAAUCAUGGGCGCUACGAAUGAUAUAUUUCAGGAUCUUCUAAAUUUAAUAUUGAGUUCAGAAUAUCUAGAUCCUUCUAUAAGAUAUUAUUCUAUGAAGUUGCUAUUAAAAGAAAACGUCAAAAGUUUAGCGACGGGCCUCUUUCCUUGUCAGUAUUACAGAAAGAUCCUUGAACUAAUUGCUGAGCAAGGACGACAUUUGCACUCUCUCAACCUCAAAGGCGUUUGGGUGAAAGAUGAUCAGUUAAAUCUUUUGUAUGAUAUAAUAAAAAACCUUAAACAUCUAACUGCGCUUAAUAUACCGUACACAGCUAAUGACGAAGUGCUCAAAUUUAUCGGUGAAAAUAACAAAGUUUUGAAGCUACUAGACGUAUCUGGUGAAACAGAUAUAACUGAGAUCGGUAUUGACGCAAUGCUGUCAGGUAAUCCACAGCUGACUCAGAGUUUAACUGUCAUCAAUAUUGGAAUGUACGGCGAGGAAAACAUCGACCAUACUGACGUAGCACUUUUUAUACGAUAUCUACCGAACCUCACAAAUCUAGGAAGUUAUUCGUAUGUCGGUAAAGCUUUGUACUACAUACAUAACAACGAUUGUCCCCCCGGCUUCAAAACAAAGUUACAAUAUGUACACGACAUAGAAACCAAUAUAAGAACAAUGAAAGCCAUAGUCACGUUAUGUCCUUUAAUAGAAACAAUUUAUUUAGAACAUCCAGAACCGGGUGUUUUACAAAUGUUAAAAGAUUUGAGUAAUAUGAAUAAAAUUAAAUUAAACAAAUUCCAAUGCCACGAACUCCAUCAGUUGUUGGACAAAAUUGGAUAUAAAAUUGUCACGCUUAUGCUAUCAGGUUCACUGGGGUCUUUUAAUUUCACGAGAAUUGCAGAAACAUGUCAGAAUUUGGAAAGUAUAGAAAUUUACUCGAUACAAACUGCAACACACGAAGAAGAGGUACCGUUUAAUAAGCUUGAACAUAUAGAAAUAAUUCAAGGAAAUCUUUCAACUUCAUGUUUAAGAUACCUUAUGACUGGCAGUCCAAAACUAAAGAAGAUCAUUAUCGGAGAUGAAAUUAAAUUAGAUGACCAAGACAUGGCGCGGAUGAUACGGAGGUACAAAUUCGAUAAUUUAGAAGGAAUCUGGUUUCCAAACGCGCCUCGUCUCACGCGGGAUACAGUGGAACUUUUAAUGGAAAGCUGUCCUAAACUACAAAGCCUUGGACAGCUGAGUGGUUGGAGGUUCACCCCUGAUGAUAUGAUGCUUAUGAGAGCCAUCGUCGCCAGCACUAACACCGACCUAGUGCUGCUACCCCUGGGAAUAUUCCAGCAGGGAAAUUAA